AUGCAGCGCGCGACGAUACAGGCGCCAGGCCUGUCGACGUACCUCAAGUCGCUGAAGAGCACGCCGGUAGACGCCUCGGUUGAGCACUUCAUUUCACUCCUCAAGCGACGGCAGAUCCGAAACUCCAGGCCAUGUGCCAUCGCGACCACGGCCUUGCUAUUGCGCGUAGUGGGCGAGUUCAAGGGAAGAGAUGCAGCGAGGCUCAUUGAGCGCAUAAAGCAGGUCGGCAGGCGGUUGACGUCGGCGCAACCACGAGAAGUCGUAGUAGGUAACAUCGUAAGACGCGUAUUGGCAUUGGUGCGCGAGGUAGUAGAGGAACAUGCAGACGGGACACCGAAUGGGAGCGAGCGAGGCAAUACGACACCACACGCCCACCAUGAUUCGCUACACAGACCAGCCCUCAACUCGAGCAUAUCCACCUUUAGUCCUCUGAGGCAUGCUGUCGCCGAACCUAUGCAUACCGGUCCUUUUACAGACAACGCAUCUGAUGCCAGCGAGCCCUCAAGACGACCCCCGCUGCUCACUUCACACACUUCGUAUGCGCCUACUUCCUCGGCUCCUCUCGUACAUUCACUCUUCGGCCUCUUCUCCCAGCCCACGGACACACCCUCGGCCACGAGCACACCGACAGGGCAGGCAUCACCAAAUGGCAGGGGCACUCUCACGGCACUUAACCUGGAGCGCCUGGCCGAUAUCAACAGGAACCAGAACCUCGAUCUCAAGGGCGAAGUCAUGGAGGGCAUAAGAGAACUGCAAGACGAGCUGGAGACAUCCGACAAGCAGAUUGCCGAAGUUGCGCUUGAGCAUAUCCACGCCAACGAGAUAAUCCUUACACACACUGCGUCUACUACGGUGCAGAAGUUUCUAUUGUUCGCCGCACGUAAACGGAAGUUUACCGUCGUACAUGCUGAGACAUUUCCUCACGACCACACUGCCACUCAUGGCAUCUUACUCACCGGCAAGAAGCGAGAAGCAAACCCAGAUGACGAUGAAGAGGACGACAAGUGGAAGCCGCUCACCGAUGCUGGAAUCCAAGUCUACGUCAUCCCCGACUCCCAUGUCUUUGCCAUCAUGUCGCGCGUCAACAAAGUUAUCCUAGCAACACACACCGUGCUGGCAAACGGUGGCCUCGUCGCAGCAGCUGGAGCGCACAUGAUUGCAAAAGCCGCAAAGGAACACCAGACACCUGUUGUGGUUCUCAGUGGCGUCUACAAGCUCAGCCCCGUCUACCCAUUCGACAUUGACGAGUUGAUCGAGUACGGUGACGCUGGAAGUGUGGUACCGUACGACGACGGCGAGUUUGUGGACAAGAUUGAUGUUGUGAAUCCGCUAUUCGACUACGUUCCUGCGGAUCUUGUUGAUCUCUAUAUCACCAAUCUUGGCGGACACGCGCCCUCGUAUCUCUACCGCAUUGUAGCCGACCACUACCGCUCCGAAGACAUUACUUUGUAAUUUGUAUGAGCGGAUGAGUUAUGUUAGCAGAUGCACGAUGUCAACAAAUAACAGAAAAAGCUUGGCCGUAAUGCUAAAUUCCGAUGAAUUGAACAUGUAGCUCUGUACUACCAAUACAAACCACCAUGAGCCCUUUUCC